GCUUCGACAAGCCUUUUUAUCUUCAUUCACAUGCAUCUCUUCCCUCUUUCUUUUAGCGUUGACUUUCGUCUUACGAUAACCCCUAGAUGCUUCCGUUUCCAUGUCUUAUAAUUAAAUAGCUGACCAAAACCUCUUUUAAUUAUCUUCCUCCUCCUCUAAAACUCAUCAACCAAAAACCAUCACACCGCAGCCGCCAUGAACGCCUUCCAACCGCCGCCUCCGGAUUACAACGGCCUCCUCGGUACCGACGAGAUAGGAGGAUUCAGAUACGGGAUGGGGGUCUCCAUCGGAGUGCUUAUCCUCAUCACAACCAUCACCCUCACUUCUUACUUCUGCAAACGUGACCAGCACUCUACAUCAACUUCAGAAACCAAUGAAGAUUCAACACAUGUCCAUCACCACCACCACCAUGUCAUCAUUGACGUUGACCCAGGUCUGGACGAGGCCACCAUUCAGAGCUACCCGAAGAUCCUCUACUCGGAAGCGAAGGGAAACUCAACGUCCUCGUGUUGUCCCAUUUGCUUAGGAGACUACAACGGGAAUCAUCUGCUACGGCUACUACCAGAUUGCAACCACCUCUUCCACCUCAAAUGUAUCGACAUGUGGCUUAGACUCAAUCCUACGUGUCCUGUCUGCAGGACUUCGCCGCUUCCUACUCCUCUCCCCACUCCACUCGCCGAGGUUGUUCCCUUAGCCUCCUCCGUGGCCACCACCAGGAUGUCAUAAUUAUUUAUUUAUACAACGUCAAGAAUCUUGAAUCGAAGCCAAGAGUUAGUAGUGUUCAUGAUUUAAUAUAUCUUCUUGGAUUUUUCUUUAGUUCCUUGUAAAGUUUUCAUUUGUGGUCACUAAUUUGAUCAUUGUAUAUAUUCUUUGAAACCGAAGGUUUGUAAAAGGAAGAAAACUAAGGGUAAAUUUUACAAUUUUGUUGAAUUGGCUGCUUUGGUUUUUGUUUUAUUUGUAAACAAGUUGAA